UGGCCUAAAACCGGAGCGUUGUGCAUCUCCCACUCAUCUCUGCGGAGACGUUUCCACGGACCGGCAGAAGCCCGGGUGUGAUGACGUGUUAGUUGCUAUUUAGUGUAAUGCAGGUUAGAUUUUUGUAGGACGGAUUCUGAUAUAAGUAAACAGAAAAAAUGUCAACAGCUAUGAAAAAGGAACUGGCCAAGGCAAAGAAGGUUUUGCAUCCAAAUAGCAGGAAGUCAAUUGCUAUCAUAAAGAAAACUCACAAGAUAUCCAAUAGGGAAAAGGCAAAACUAGGUUGUGCAAUUAAACAAAAUGUGAUUGGAGAGAAGAUGCUAUGGAUGCAAGAACAUAUGGUACCAGAUGUCUGUCCCUAUACACCGCAACUUACAGCAGAUUUACUUGAAUUAUAUAUGGCUCGCCAUGAUAAAGAAUUGGAACAAAUUUCAAUAAAACAUUCAGUUGGUGGUAGAAGACACCGACAGCAUGCCAGUAGAGAAGAUAUUAUAAGAAUGACAAAGGAACGUGAGAGGGAAGAAUACAACACAUGUGGAAUAGAAAUCCCAGAUAUUCUGAAUUCAACGCAAUGUACCAUGCUUCGGAAAUGGGACGGUGAGCUGAGAUACCUUCCUAAUUUCGAAUUUAGAAGAUUUGGGAAGAAACACCUAAAUGAGCUGGCACAGAAGAAAAAUAAACCACCUAGGCAGCUUUUGCAGAAAGUAUCAAAUUCAAUACCCUCAGUUGAUGAGUUAACUGAAAAUGUACAGUCACGCCAAAGAGAAGUCAGUACAGCAGACUGAUGAUUCCUCAGGAGUGAAUACAAUGGAACUAGAAUAAAUGAUUUUUUAUAAAUAA